GAGAUUGUCACCCUUUACGUUGGUUCGGAGCGCAAGCAAUUCACUGUGCAUAAAAAGCUACUGUGCGAUCGAUGCGAAUUCUUUUCGAAAGCUUUCCGCGGCAACUUCCGAGAGGCGGAGAAAGGAGAGAUGUACCUUCCUGAAGAUGAUCCGGAUGCAUUUUCCCCACUCGUCGAUUACUUGUACCGUGGGGUUCUCCCCGAGGCCAAGGAUAAUCAGUGUGCCACCCUAUUGGUGAAGCUCUGCAUCUUGGCUGAAAAGCUGUGUCUGUUGAGGCUAAUGGACAAAGCUUGCGACGCUGUU